UUUGUAUUUCGCCGAGUUUGACUGCUUUUGUUUAUCUCCGCUAGCUUGCUGUCCGGUGUAUUUUGGGUUUGAAUUUUUGCCUUCGCCAUGGCCAUGAUCGCGACUGCAACAGGUGUCUCAACGAAGAGAAAAGAAAUAUACAAAUAUGAUGCGCCAUGGACGAUUUACGGCAUGAAUUGGAGUGUAAGACCCGAUAAGCGAUUUCGGCUUGCUCUGGGAAGCUUCGUCGAGGAAUACAACAACAAAGUUCAGAUAAUUUACCUUGACGAAGAGACGGCGGAGUUUGUUGUUCGAGCGACUUUCGACCAUCCUUACCCGACAACGAAAAUCAUUUGGAUACCUGACAGUAAAGGUGGCUAUCCUGAUUUAGUUGCAACAUCUGGAGACUAUCUUAGAGUAUGGAGAGUCAGUGAUUCUGAAGUGCGCCUGGAAUGUCUUCUGAAUAAUCAGAAUAAGAACUCUGAUUUUUGUGCUCCUUUGACAUCUUUUGACUGGAAUGAGGUGGAUCCAAAUUUAUUAGGGACAUCAAGUAUUGAUACAACAUGCACCAUAUGGGGACUGGAGACUGGUCAAGUUCUUGGAAGGGUAAACAUGGUGUCAGGACAUGUCAAGACUCAACUCAUUGCACAUGAUAAAGAGGUAUAUGACAUUGCUUUUAGUCGUGCAGGGGGAGGAAGGGACAUGUUUGCCUCUGUGGGAGCUGAUGGCUCAGUUAGGAUGUUUGAUCUAAGGCACCUAGAACACUCUACAAUAAUUUAUGAAGAUCCACAACACAGUCCCUUGCUAAGAUUAUCAUGGAACAAACAGGAUCCUAACUAUUUAGCAACGUUCUCUUUGGAUGCAAUGGAGGUGAUAAUAUUAGAUGUUAGAGUACCCUGCACACCAGUGGCAAGGUUAAACAACCACAGGGCCUGUGUAAAUGGAAUUGCAUGGGCUCCACAUUCUUCUUGUCAUAUCUGUACAGCAGGUGAUGACCAUCAAGCGUUGAUCUGGGACAUUCAACAGAUGCCACGAGCCAUUGAAGAUCCCAUUUUAGCUUACACUGCAGAUGGAGAGAUAAAUCAAAUUCAGUGGGCGAGCACACAGCCAGACUGGAUCGGCAUCUGCUACAACAACAACUUGGAGAUUCUAAGAGUGUAGUUAUGUAGUAUGAAGUUACCUGUAUUGAAGAUGGCACUGCAAAAAUGUGAAUUAUAGUGGUUUGGUAUCCCUGUCCAGUCAUGGAUGUGGUCUUGAAGGUUAACAUGUCAGUCCAAUUUUGGGACAAGGUGUAAGGGUCUCUUGUAGGGCUCUUGUGCACAUAUUUUUCCAUACAAUGUUUUACUCUGGUGAGAUUUGCAGCAAUUGCCAGUUUUAGGACAUUUGAUGGUAGAUUCUUUUUGUGCCAGUGAGGUUACCUGACAGCCCUGGAAAUUAAGGACAGAUAGGAUAUUUUUACAGCCUGAAUGGAAUUCAUCAUCAGUAAUGUUGACUCCAGCGAUGACUUCUUGUCAGGUUUUUGAAAUAUCACUCAUCUUUAGUUGACUCCAAUAAUGUUGUCUGGUCAGGGUUUUUUUUUUAGCAGCUGUCCAGGCUUCCCCUCCUGCAAGUGUUCAGACCAAACAAUUUAUUGUUACACUCAGGCUCAAACCAUUUCCUAACUUAGGGUAGUGGAUCUUCUUUUUAUUUUAUUCCCCUGUAACCCUUGGACUCCCAAGAUACCAGUUAAAAUUCUCCUCUGUGUCUGCUACCCAUUCCGGUUAAUUAUAGCCCAGAAAAUUUGGCAGUAACCCCUAAAAUUUGCAAGGUCUGAUUGUUAAUUCUCCCUUCUAACUGCUACAGAAAUUCAUCGUAUACUAGUUACAAUAAUUUGGUGUUGCCAGGGGUAGAUCAAGACAACAACUUCUACCUGAUAAGUUUGAGUAUUCUCAUGACCUGUUUGCCGGAUGAUGUAAGGAUAUCACGGCAAGAAGUUACAUGUCAAUCACUUCUGGGAGUUCAAAGGUUAAUUCAAAUAACAUCCUCUCGUUGAUGUGUUUCUAUCUUCUCAUUACCUCUUUGGUUGAUUUUGUACUGCUAUGGUGAGGAGAAAUUGCACAUUGGUCACUUGUGGGGUUUAAAGGAUUAUUAUACUAUCUAGAGAGUGCAUUUCUCGUUUUUUAGUCUUAUGGAUAGCCUCUCUGAACUCAGACAAGAUCAUUUUAAAUACUCAUUUUUUGUUUGUUUGUUUCCUUGUCUCAGUGGAGUUUAGAUGCCAUAUAUUUUCUAAUCUUUUAGUCAGUUAUUCUAUUUUUGGUCCCAUGCUCUGUACAUGUAGAGAUGAUAUGAAUGUAAUGUUAUGCUUCUGAUUUCCUUUGUAUAGCAGAGCAUUUAUUACGCGUAGUUUAUAACAAGUAGUAGAUAAUAUCUUGUAUAAAUGUAUAGAAGACUAACUUAGGCAUGAACAUGUACAAGAAGAGAGCUAUGUUUUUUGUUUAUUUUGAUUUUUUAUUUUCAAGAGUCCGUGAACUUGAAACCAGAGAUCAUACUCGAAAGUCUUUCAGUUUAACGGAGUUGAUGUAAAUUGCUCUAUAUGUGGGUGACUGUCAAAUAACUUUUUAACUGAAAGUCUGCCGUUAAAAAAAGGAGUAGUUAACUAAAAAAAAUCAAGGGUAAUCAAGUCAAAAGAAUAGUUUGUUUCCUUUUAUUUGCAUUGGUUAGUAUUUUUUAAAUGAACCAGUAACAAUUGACUCAUGAUAGCCGGAAGCAACAUUUAAAGAUUUGACUUGAUUUUUAAAGCCUCAUGCGUCUAAAAGUGCAAAUAAUCAACAUGCAGCUUUGUAAAUUCUAAAAUUAACUGAAAGAUUCACCACGUCUCUUUGUAAACAUUUAGUUUAGCGUAAGGCCAUUGUAAGAUACCCGCGCCCUGUAUGUAGAGAUUUUAAAUUGAAGUCAUAGAUUACCUUGUUUCUGUGCAUAUUUAGACAAGUUAUAUAUAUAUAUAUAAUAGUUGUUAUUUUGUGUUUGAUAAAAUAAAGUUUACAUGUAUGUUCGCGGGCAUAGAUAUAUUAUGAGCCCGAUUCAAGUCAUUUUAGCCCGAGCAGCUAGGCGAGGGUUGAAAUGGCUGUUAAAAGGGCCCAAGAGUUUCAAGUGUAUCAUUACUAUCAUUGUUAUCAAUUUGGAGCGCAUUAAUAAAAUAGACACUAAAAAGUCAACAAAA